UAAACGGCAACUUUUUUCUACGAGGUGGCAACGUCUAGACUACCACAGCAAAGACGCUAAACAACGCAAAAGCAAGGGACGAAAAUUUCACUUUGAUUUGCGUUAAAAACAUAAAAGGGCAGCAACAAAACCAGAUUAAAUUGUCUGGAAUAACUGAAGCACUGCGGAUGAGCCGUGCAACAGUAAAAGCAGCAUAAAUAAGGAUAAAGAAAAAGCCAAUACGAACACGCAACGCGGCAAUCCGUGUCGCUGGCAGAAGACUGCCCCCGAGGAGGUGGAGGUUUUUGGAGUGCAUCCAGUCCAAGUCAACAUAAACAUAAACAAUCAAAGUGAAAAUGAGCAGCCACUUUUGAUAGUAGAAAAAAGUGGCGUUGGUAUUCAGUUCUACAAAUAGCGAACGUUAUUCACAAUAUAAAAUGCAGCAAGUGGACGAUCCGCCAUCGUUGCCCGUGGGCACCGAGGUGAGCGCCAAAUACAAGGGCGCCUUCUGCGAGGCCAAAGUCAGCAAAGUGGUGCGAAACAUCAAAGUGAAGGUCGCCUACAAACAGGGACUCGGAUCGGGCAUUGUCUCCGAUGAUGCAAUAAAGGCGGCACCAGGUCAGCUGCGUGUUGGCGCCAUCGUAGAGGUGCGUCAUCCGGAUCGCAAGGAGAACGUUGAGGCGACCAUAACAAAGAUACAGGAUUGCUCCCAAUACACGGUCGUAUUCGAUGAUGGCGACAUUACAACAUUGCGACGCACGGCUCUAUGUCUGAAAAGUGGCAGGCAUUUCAAUGAGAGCGAGACAUUGGAUCAAUUACCGUUAACACAUCCAGAGCAUUUUGGUAAUCCCGUCGUUGGCGGGCGACGUGGACGUCGUCGCGGUCAACUGAACGAUGGCAGCUCCGAUGAUGAUGACGAGAGCGAUGCCAAGGAGGUGGUUAACGAGAAGGAGGAGAACAUUGGCAAGGUCGUCUGCGUGGAAACGGAAUCGAAGAAAAAGGAUAAAGAGAAAUGGUUCCCAGCUCUCGUUGUGGCGCCCACGGCACAAGUGAGCAAACAAGCAACUGUGCGCAUACGAGUCAAGGACGAGUAUCUGGUGCGUUCGUUCAAGGAUGGACGCUACUACACGGUGCCCAAGAAGGAGGCCAACGAGUUCACACGCGAAAUGGCAACCAAACAGGAUGGACCCGCCGUUCUUGCCGCCAUUGAAUUUCUCGAUGGAAGCGUUUUGCCCGCUCAUUGGGAUCGGGAUUCGCUGUUUGGCUUAUCAAAUUUAACAAGCGAUGAUGAGGGUGAAAUCGAUUCGGAUUCAUCCGAUGAUGAGCCGCACGAGGAGAAGGAUUUGUUUGUGGCGCAAUUGUAUAAAUAUAUGGAUGAUCGUGGUACGCCAUUGAAUAAGGUGCCAUCGAUACAGAGCCGCGACGUGGAUCUCUAUCGUCUGUUCCGUGCUGUGCAGAAACGUGGUGGCUACAAUCGUGUCACCGCCAAGAAUCAGUGGAAACUUAUUGCCAUGCGAUUGGGAUUUACGCCGUGCACAUUGUCCGUCAUGAAUCUAGUGAAGCAGGCAUAUAAGAAGUUUCUGCAACCUUAUGGCGAUUUCCAUCGCAAACUUGGUUGCUCCAUGUUGAUGCCGUCACGCAACUCGAAUCGCAGCAAGGGACGCAGCCUUGUGCGUGCCAAUUCGGUGGCGUCUCCCAAACCCGCGGACACCACUAAACUGGAAACUAGCAAAUUGGCAGUGGCUAAUCAAGCAGCUGCUGCCAUUGCCAGCAGCAGCAAUGCUGCCUCCUCCACUGCAGCAGCAGCAGCAACCACUUCGACUGCCGCCCACAGCAGCGGCGGCGGCAAUGCAACAGCUGCCACGCCCCUUAGAGCCGCCUCAAGAGCCUCGCAGUCAGCAGCCGAGGAAUCGGAAAACACAAGCGAAUCGAGUGUCGUCGUGGAGCCGGUGAAGAAACAACGCAAAGCAUCUGCCGCCAGUGGCAGUGGCAAAGUCAAAAGUCUUGUCGAGAAAUAUGAAGAGAAAUCUGCAGAGAAAUCCAGUACAACAGCAGCAACAACAGCAGCACCGGCAGCUGCAACGGCUGCCAAUGUCAGCAGCAAUGCGGCAACAACAUCAGCAGCAGCAACUGCAACAGCUGCUGCGGCAACAGCAACUGCAGCUGCAUCUUCAGCUGCGGCAACUUCCGCGAGCAGCAAGGAUGCCGAGGCGGAUGUGCCCCUGUCGAAGAUUAAGGCGGCAGCUGUCACAAGAAAAAGCAUCGACAAGGAACCCAGCGCCAGCGCCGCUGGAAGCAAUGCAUCCAUCAAAGCGUCCUUGGCAUCGGCAUCGGAAACGCAACGAAGUCGGGAUGCAUCACCAACAACGGCGUCUGUAGCAGCAGCAACAACAACAUCGACAGCUACAGCAACAACAACAGCAGGUGCAGCAGCAACAACUGCAAGUGCAUCAGCAGGAGGGGGAACAAGUGGAGGAGGAACUACGACAGCAGCAACAACGAAGAAGGAGAAGCACCAACAGCGCAAACAAGUGGAUAAAAGCGAUGAGAAACGCGGCAAACGCAAAAAGGACGAAAUAACGGUUGAGAAAAUCGACACGGGAGAUUUUGUAGUGGGUAUCGGUGACAAACUGAAGGUGAAUUACCACGAAAAGAAAUCACCGAGCUCCCAUGGCAGCACCUACGAGGCGAAGGUCAUCGAGAUUGGCGUGCAGCGUGGCGUGCCCAUGUAUCUGGUGCAUUACACCGGCUGGAAUAAUCGCUAUGACGAGUGGGUGCCACGCGAGCGCAUUGCCGAGAACCUGACCAAGGGAUCCAAGCAGAAGACGCGCACCAUCAGCACGAGCAGCGCCAACAGCGGCGGGGCACCAACCUCAACAGCAUCUGCUACUGCUGCUGUUGCUGGUGGCAACAACAGCAACAAUGGUGGUGGUAAUGUUGCCACAAGCGGUGGCAACUUCUCACUAAAGGAAGGCAAAGCAGCCGGAGCAGGAGGAGGAGCAGCAGCAGCUGGAGGAGAACAACAACAACAACAGUCACUAGGUAGUGCGUUGCAAGGCGGGAGCAAAACUGCCGGCAACACAACCACAACAACAACUACGGCAGCCGCUGCAGCUGGCACAACAACAGCAACUGGAUUGGCAAGCGGGAAACGUGGACGCGGACGCAGUGACUCAAUGCCGCCACGUUCAACGACACCUUCAUCGGUGGCAUCCAAUUCAAGUCGCACCAAAUCGCCAGCUGCCUCACAAACACAACUCAAACAGAAGCGUCCGACACGCACGUUGCCAACACAUCAGCACAGCAGCAGCAACAACAGCAGCGGCAACAGCAACAACAAUCAGUCGCGUCGCAUCUCAGCCUCGGCGUCCGUGUCGGCAAAUGUUUCGGAUGCUUCCAUGGGCAGCGAUACGGAUACGGAUUCCGAUGAGCCAGUGCGUCGUCCCAAACGUAUCAGUGCAAAGGAGCAGCAGCAGCAGCAGCAACAGGGCAACUUUGGCAAAACAAAGGCAGCAACAACCUCAGCUGCAAGCACUUCAGCAACAGUUGCAACUGCAAGUGGCAAGAAAGCUGCUGCUGCUGCUGCCGCUGCCGCUGCUGCCGUUAGGCUGGCACGUGCCAGUGGCAGCGAGGAGAGCGACGAUGAUGAGGAUGAGGAGCAAACACAAUGCCAGCCGCCCAACAAGCAAGCAGCAGCAACAACACAGCAGCAACAUGCGACGCCAGGACAACGACAACGUGCCGGUAAUCGUGCGCUAAGCAGCGGAGCAGCAACUGCUGCAACUGGAGGUGCCAUUGGUGCCACUGCUGUAGGAGGAACAGCAGCUGCAGGAGCAACUAGUGCCGCUGCCGCCGCCAAGGGGCGGGAUUAUGAUCUCAGCGAAAUACGUUUGGAGUUGAAAGGAUUUCAACCACAGUUGCACGAACGCAAAGAUGCGAAUGCCAUCAAAAGUGAAUCAACAAGUGAGACACACGUGAAGCAGGAGCUGAGAGUUAAAACUGGCGGCAGCUCCACAGAGCAAUCAUCCGAGACGGAUUCGUAUAUGGAUGAGGAGGAUUCGCAGUCAUCCGAGAAGAUUGUAUAUCGCAGCAAGCAAACGAGCAGCGAGAAAGCAAACAAAUUAAAUGUAGAUAAAGUCAAGACAGCUGCAACUGCAACUGCAACAGCAGGAACAGCGGCAACUGCAGAGCUGUCGGUGGAGACAACAACAAGAAGCAUCAAAAAGGAGACGGAACAGUUGCAAUUGAAGCAGGACACAUCAGCUGGUGAGGAACGCAAAAUAUUUAAGACAGAGCCCAAAGAGGAGCUGCUAAAUACAAAGCCAACAACAGCAGCAGCAGCAACAACAACAAUGGCAACAACAACUUUAAUUGCACCAGCACGUUUCGGCAGCAACAGCAGCAGCAACAUUGCAACAAGCAGUGGCAAGUGCACCUCGGUGAUUGUGGAGAAGCCACUGACAUUGCUCAAGAAAAACGAAGGAGCAGCAACAACAGCCACAACAGCUAUUGCAGGCGCAGCAGCAGCAACAAUCCUGAUGCCCGCCAAGAAAUUGGAACUGCUCAAGAAGCAGCAACAACAGCAGCAACAGUCAGCUGCCACAUCGGAGGCAAGCAAAAAGUUUGUGGAGCCCGUGUUGCACAAGGAGACGGCAACAUUAAAGGUGGAAUUGCCAGCUGCCUGUUCGCCGUCGAAUUCCAGUUCCUCAUCCAGCUCCUUCUGCUCCAGCAGCAACAACUCCGCCAUUACGACGGUGAGCAUGAGCAGCUCCUCGGCGACACGAUCUCUGCCAGACAUGAGCAAAUUGGAGAUAAGCAGUGGAACAUCAACAGCUGCAGCUGCGGCAGCAGCAGCCACAGCAACAGCAACUGUUGCCAAGGAAAGCAAUAGCAAAUAUAGCAGCAGCAGUGUUGUCAGCAACAUUGCCAGCGGCAUCAAGUUGCUGUCCUCUGAUAUUUACGAGUUUAAGGACACGGAACCAUUUGAAUUUGAGAAACGCAUCUCACCCAUGGCAGCCAUGAGCUGUGGAGGCGCAACAGUUAUAGCCACAGCGACGCCAACAACACCCAGCAGCAGCAGCACUAGUAACAACAGCAACAUGCCAGCUGGUGGCACCAUUGUUACUCCUGUUGUGGCACGUAAACAGGCAUUAAAAGAGAAGCAUGAGCAACAACGUGGCUAUGCAACAGCAGCAGCGGCAGCAGCAGCAACUGUUGCAGCUGCAAGCACAGCUGUUGCUCUUGGUGCCACAGCAGCAACAACAUCUGCUGUUGCAGCUACAGGCAAGGCCAAGAAACGUGGUUCCCCAUUGAAAGAAAGCACAGACAAGCCAAAGCUGCAGAAACUCGAACAGCAGCAGCAACAACAACAGCUGGCGGCAGCAACUAUGCCCCAAAGCACGCCAGCAACUAGUCCCAACAGCAUUAAAACAACGUCAGCCACAGCAAAAACAAAUGUCGCAGCAGCAGCAACUGUUGCACUUGCAAGUGCAACAACAACUGUUGUUGCUGCUGGCACACAGCUGCAACCGGGACAUGCCACGCCCUUUGAUGUGCUGCGUAAAUCGCCCAGUUUUAAUCUAAACAUAACAGCCCUCAAUGAGGAACUGGCACAAACGGUGCAGGAAACAACGAGAGCAUUGACGGAUGCAUUGCAGCCACCAACAACACCCUCCUCCACACCUGCAACACCAGCAACGCCGCCAGCAAUAACAGCAAUGGCAACGGCAGCUGUUGCUGCAACGCCAGCAAUUGCUGUGCCCGUCUCCCCCAAACUAAGCACACCGCCCCAAGCAAUGGGCGUGGCCAAGACCACACAGCAACAACAACAUGUUGUUGGCAGUCCAUUUAUGGAAACUCGCAACGUUUUCGAGUUAAGCACAUCGAAUGAAGGCAGCGGUUACAGCUCAGGGGAAUCGAACAAGGACAACAAACUGGAGAAGCUAGAGAAUGUCAAGAUAUUGCUGGCGGGAACAGCGGGUUCAUUUGAUUUGGAUGCUGUGAAAUACGAGCAGAAGCCGAGCUCCAUUGCAGACAAGGUGCUCAAAGCUAUCAGUCAGAAGAAGGAGGAAGUGGAGCAAAGCAAAACCAAGAGUCAAUCAAGUGACAACAGCAAUAUGACGAUCACGAUGAUGGAACAGAGCAAAGAGGAGCAACAAUCCUGCUCCUCCUCCCCCACCUUUUCUUCCGCCGCCACCGCCCCCGUCUCCUCGUGCAACAUCAAGUCCGAGCCGGGCAGCUCGCUCAAUCUUAAGCUGGACACAUUGAAGCUGUUGAGUGAGCCGCUCAAGAUUCAAACGGGCGGAGGAGGCGUGACAUUGCCGGUCCUCAGUGAUUUGUAUCGUCGCACAAGUUGCAGCAACAGUCCGGAAACCAAAUCCAUUCUGGACGCCUCGCUGUCGGCUAAGAAUAGCGAACUGAGUGAAACCAUACAGAAGCUGGAGUGUGCGAUCCAACAACGCAAGACACCAGUCGCUGGACAAUCCUUGGCUGGCUCAUCCACAGCUGGAACACCGCCAGUGACGGCAACGGCGCCUACAAGCUUCUCUGAUGAGUCCAUGGACAGCACGGACUCGGAACAGCGUCUGGUCAUUGAAGAUGUCAUGACGGAGGAGCCGAGCUUGGUUAGCGAGCUCAAGAGUCCACUAUCCGAGGCAUCCGGCAGUCUGUCGGGCAGUGCGUCCGUCAAACUCGAGCUGAAACAAUUGACGGGAGUUCCAGCUCCCAAUGCGUUGAAGCCAAUGCCAAGAAUGCCAGGAGCUGGAACUGGCACAGCAAUUGCAGCGGGAAUGGGUAUGGGAUUGGGAGCGGGAUCGGGAUCGGGAGCGGGUAAUUCACCUGUCAUGUCCAGCUGUGUGCCCAUUGUGCUGCCAGAGAUUCCAGUCUCUGUUGUCGUUGCACUGCGUCAUAGUCCUGGCAGUCUCAGUCCAGCCCAGUCACCCAAAACGGAGACCAAACUGACAACGUCAACGACAACAACAACAACAUUGCCCGAUGAUAGCAACAUGUUGCUGCUGUACAGACCACAGAGUCCCACAUUGUCCGAUGCGGUUGCUGCUGUCGUUGCUGCCACAAGCACAACAAUUGCAAGCACAUCGACAACCACAUCCGCGUCCCUGUCCCGACCAUUUGUGCUGCAGCCGGCAAAGGAGACGGCCGUCACUCUGAAUGUCUCUCCAGCUGCAAGCAGUCCACUGAUCAGCGAUGCCACCCACAAUGAAGCGGCCAUCAAUCUCUUGUGCGAGGAGACCAUACCCGGCAGUCCGGCACCCAACUACAGCAGCAAGGAUGAGCAGCCAAGCAACAGCGUUGUUGUCGUCACAGCAGCAGCAGCAGCAGGAACAGUGCCAGCAACUCUUGCACCCGCUGUUGUGGCAACAACAUUGAGCAUAUCUGGCAUAACGCCUUUGCCACCAGACACGCCUCCACCUCGAGCAGUGACCGCGGCUCUCAUCAAUCAACCAGCAACUGCAACUGUUGCAGUUGCAUCUGCAGCUGCCACAACAGCAGCAACAGCUGCUUCAGUCUCGCCCAACAGUUCGCCGGAGUCACCAGCCUGCAGCCAGGAUGACAGCAGCGAGGAGAACGGCAGCAGCAGUCUCCUUCGUUUUGUCAAGAAGUAUGUCGAGGUGGAGAGCACAUCUAUGGGCGGUAGACGCAAACGUCCUCGCAAUAAGGCAUCUGAUGCCAACGCCCAAUCCCCGGCACAGGGACAGAUGACAGCUGCUGCAGCUGCCGCCGAGUUGCAUGCGAUGGGCAAACGUCGCAGGCAGCAACUGAAUAGCAUGCGAAAAACAACAACAACAACGGUUGGCUCCGAUACGGAUGAUAAUUCCGACAACAUUGUGACCACACAACGUCAGAGUGCACGCCAGCAGCUGUUGCCACAAGCACAGCAGCAGCAACAACAACUGCAGCAGCAACAGCAACAACAGCAGCAGCAACAACAACAACAACAAUUGCAGCAGCAACAGCAACAACUGCAACAGCAACAACAAACAACAGUCAAUGCAUCGGGUGUGCGUCCAUGUCCAUACAACUUUCUCGUCGAAUUGGAUCCCUCGCUCAGCGCGGAGCAGUGCAUACUGAUAUUGCGCAAACAGAUUCAAGAUUUGCGCAAGGCCUACAACACGAUCAAGACCGAUUUGGCAGUCAUCGAUCGUCGGCGCAAGAAGUUGCGACGUCGCGAGCGUGAGAAGAAGCAACAACAACAGCUGCAGGGCGGGCAGCAGGGCAAGAUCUGCACCUGAAUACACAACGGAGAAGAGAAUGAGAUGCAGAAGCAUACCCUAAGAGUUCUAUUUCGAUAUCAUGUAUCCAAUAUGUAAUACAUACAUACAUCAUAUAUAAUUCAUAUAUAUGGCAUGGAUUUUAAAUGGAGAAUUGUAAAUCUUGUAUUCAACUUACAUUAGAAUUGUUUUUUUUUUUUUGCCUCUCUUUACUUGUAACUAAAGAGAAAAUUAUGUGUAAUAG